AUGCCGCGCCUGGGCGAGCCGCUGCCCCACAUCCAGGCCUCCGGCUGCGUGUACCUCGAUUACAACGCCACCACGCCCAUCUUCCCUGAGGCGGCAGAUGAGAUGCGCCCCUUCCUGACCGCCUUUGGCAACCCCUCCAGCGCCCACGCCUUUGGCCGGCCCUGCAAGGCGGCGGUGGAUGCGGCUCGGGCCAGGGUGGCGGCCAUGGUGGGCGCCGACCCCGACGAAAUCUUCUUCACGAGCUGCGGCAGCGAGUCGGACAACUGGGCCAUCUGGGGGGCGGUGAUGGAGGCGCGGCGGCAACAGCGAGCCGCCCCCGACACCUCUGGCGCUGCCGCCUUCCUACCGCACGUGGUCAGCUCGCGCAUAGAGCACCCGGCCGUGAUCGAGUGCCUGGCGAUGCUGGCCGCACAGGGCCUGCUGGAAUACACGCUUGUGCCAGUCAGCUGCGAGGGGCUGGUCAGGGUGGCAGAUGUGGAGGCUGCCAUGACGCCCCACACCUGCCUGCUGACCUUCAUGCACUCCAACAAUGAGGUUGGCUCCAUCCAGCCGGUGGCACAGCUGGCGGCGCUGGCCCGCCGCGCCGGCGCGCUGAUGCACUGCGACGCGGCGCAGAGCCUGGGCAAGGUGGAUGUGGAUGUGCAGCAGCUGGGGGUGGACAUGCUGACGGUGGUGGCCCACAAGUUUGGCGGGCCCAAGGGCGUGGCUGCGCUGUACGUGCGGCGAGGCGUGCGCCUGGAGCGUCUGCUGUGCGGCGGCGGGCAGGAGGGCGGGCGGCGUGCGGGCACAGAGAACGUGGUGCUGGUGGCGGGGCUGGGCAAGGCGGCAGAGCUUGUGAGCCGAGAGCUGCCAGCCACCGCAGCCCACAUGGCCGCAAUGCGCGACUCCCUGCAACAGCAGCUGCUGGCCGGGCUGCCUCCCAGCACUGCCCUCAUCCACGGCCCCGCCGACGAUGCGCUGCGGCUGCCCAACACUCUGAGCAUCGGCAUCCGCGGCAUCGCCGCCGCCCGGCUGCUGGCGGAGCUGUCGGAGCAGCUGGCGGCCUCCGCGGGCGCGGCCUGCCACAGCGGCGGCGGCCACGGCGUGUCGGCGGUGCUGCAGGCCAUGGCUGUGCCCACAGAGCACGCGGUGGGCACGCUGCGGCUCAGCACGGGGCGGCACACCACGCAGCAAGAUGUGGACCGCGCUGCAGCACUCAUUCUCGACUAUGUGCAGCGGCACGGCGGCAGCUCUUGA